AUGGGCAGCAGCAGGUCCAUGUACGGUGGUGCCGGCGGCUCCCAGGUCAGAAUCUCCUCUGGCGGUUCCUCCUUGUCCAUGGCAGCAGGCGGCGGUGGAGGCGGUUAUGGCUUCGGCUACAGCGCCGGCGGCAGCGCUGGAGGUGGCGGGUUCAGCAUGAGCAGCAGCUCGGAGGUGGACAUCUCAGCCAAUGAUAAGGCCACCAUGCAGAACCUGAACGACCGUCUGGCCACCUACUUGGACAAGGUGCGCAAGCUGGAGGCAGCCAACGCCGAGCUGGAGCUGAAGAUCAGACAGUUCCUGGAGAGCAAGACCUCUCCUGCUGCCAGAGACUACAGCGCCUUCUCCCUCACCAUCGCUGACCUGCAGGGCAAGAUCCAGGACGCCACCAGGAUGAACGGCGGCAUCUACCUCGCCAUCGACAACGCCAAGCUGGCCGCCGACGACUUCAGGAUGAAGUUCGAGAACGAGCUGGCCAUGCGUCAGUCGGUGGAGGCCGACAUCUCCGGUCUGAGGAGAGUCCUGGACGAGCUGACGCUGUCCAGAACCGACCUGGAGAUGCAGAUCGAGGGUCUGAAGGAGGAGCUGAUCUUCCUCAAGAAGAACCACGAGGAGGAGCUGCUGAUGAUCAGAAGUCAGAUGACCGGCCAGGUGAACGUGGAGGUGGACGCCGCCCCUCAGGACGAUCUCACCAGAGUCAUGGAGGAGAUCAGAGAACACUACGAGUCCAUCACCAACAAGAGCCGCAAAGACCUGGAGGUUUGGUUCCAGUCCAAGUCGGAAUCACUAAACAAAGAAGUGGCGGUCAGCACAGAAACGCUGCAGACGUCUCGCUCAGAGAUCUCAGAGAUCAAACGGACGAUGCAGAGCCUGGAGAUCGAGCUGCAGUCACAGAUCAGCAUGAAAGCAUCGUUGGAGUCCACGCUGGCUGAGACCCAGAACCGCUACGCCAUGCAGCUGUCGGGCUACCAGAGUCAGGUGACCAUGCUGGAGGAGGGCCUCGCCCAGCUGAGAGCCGACCUGGAGCGUCAGGGACACGAGUACAAGAUGCUGCUGGACAUCAAGACCAGGCUGGAGAUGGAGAUCGCUGAGUACAGGAGGCUGCUGGACGGAGAGGCCAGCAGCAGGUGA